UCCUGUAUCGUACCUUCCAACUGGGGGGCGAUGGCGAGCUCGCUUGCUGCGCUAAGAACAAUGUUUUCGUUCGGGUGGGUGAAAAUCUAAUCUGAUCGGGUGACGGAUCUUAUCUGAUUUUUUUCUUCUGGGUGGGGCGGAACGGCACCAGCGGAGUGGGGACGAUGUGCUGGCGUAAGUUCCGGUGUCUAUUACGUUACGUACCUUAUGUACAAGGAUAUGUUUCGUGUGUUUGUUUUUGGGAGGUGGGAAUUUCCAGUGCGAAAGGGACAUGUGAAAGAUGGCGAAUUUGCCGAUUUCGGUGGUGGGGUGGAAUGGAAUGCUGCGGGCAUGGAGGGGUUGAUGUGCAUGCAGGCACAAGCUUGUGUACCUAGGUUCCUCUACAGCUGUCACAAUCGCCGUCGUCAUUCGAUUAUUUUGUUGGUCUUAGGAGAAAUUCCAAGAUUUCGGCCACUGGGAGUCGUAAUUGAAGAAGAAGCAAAUAAGUUGAAGAGUUCAACAGAUUAGGCACAAGAGAGAGAAUUCGUGUCAUUAGACGUCCCCUCCAUAGCCUGAGAUUCCGCAAAUCGCUCCAGACAGCCUGAGCCUCUCUGCAACUCAUUGGAAGGUCAUCUUCUACAAUUGUCAAUUGCUGCUCCUAGGAACUAUCCAGUAUCCUGAGAUUGCAGUAUUUUCAAAAUGGGUUCCAAAUUCUGGCCCAAAGGCGGCCUCCCAGGAAUCCUCCACCACUAUACCGAAUCCCUCGUCACGUUCGAAUACACAUCUUCCGUCCCCAAACCUCACGCCAUAAUCUUCAUCGGCGGCCUUGGCGAUGGCCUUGCAACGACAUCCUACAUGAGCGAUCUCGUCACUGCCCUCUCACCAACGCCCUGGUCCCUCUUCACGCUCAACCUCUCCUCCUCAUAUGGACAAUGGGGGACUGGUCAUCUCGAUCGCGACACAGAUGAGCUCGCGGAGUGUAUAUCAUAUAUCUCAGAAUAUAAAGCGUCACAAGCCAAGAAUGCGGAUGAGAAGAGGAAGGUGGUCGUCAUGGGCCAUUCAACAGGAAGUCAAGUCGUGCUACAUUAUCUGCAUCGGGAAAAUCCUCACCAAGGAAAAUAUAUCUUCGAUAAAGAUCUCGUGCAUGUUAAGCGACCUGUGCUGGACGGUGCGAUCAUGCAAGCGCCCGUCAGUGACCGCCAAGCUAUCCAUUGGAUCUGCCAGGAAGGGUUUGGAGAGAAGACUCCAGCGGAAAUGCAGGCUAUUUACGAAGAGUUGUUAAAGCUUGCUAGAGAGUCAAAGCCUGAAGAUGGAGACAACAUGGCGCCGUUGAGGCUCUCGAGUGUGAUUUAUCCACAUCCUGUUAGCUUUCGGAGGUUUCUGAGUCUGUGUAGUCCGGAUAGUCCUGAGAAGCCAGGGGAGGAUGAUUUGUUCAGUUCGGAUUUGAGCGAUGAGCAUUUGAAGACGACGUUUGGCAUGGUGGCUGAGAGAAAACUGUUGAGGGGAAAAUUGAUGGUGCUGUAUUCGGGGAAGGAUCAGAGUGUGCCGGAUUAUGUUGAUAAGGAGGCUUUGAUGAGGAGGUGGCAGAAAGCUGCUGAUGAGGGGGGUGAGAGGGUUGGAAAGGGGAAGGUUUGGGAUGAGGAGUUCACGGCUGUCAUUCCUAAUGCCAGUCAUGCUCUCAGCAAUGAUGAUCAAGCUGAGCCGAGGAGGUUUUUGGCGGAGAAGGUAUUGGGGUAUUUGACGAGGGUGGAGAAGCGAUAGAAACCUUUGUUCCUCGAAUAAGGAGCACAGCAUAUAAAUCUCAGCUGGAUGAAUCGAAGUCUCCAACAUUGAGGA